UCCCUCGCUCCGAGAAGUGUCAAAAUAGCAAGUUUUGUUUCUGUUGGGAGCCAAUACCAAUUGCUCAUAUAAAAAUCAUGAUCUGAAAUAGUGAGGGCACUGCAAAAUAAUCACACAGCAACAUUUAAUGGUACAGACGCGCUAGAAGAACUUGCAAAGACCUGCUAGAAGGACCAUCCCCCACUUGGCAUCCUGCUAGGUGGACUAUGGUGGCAGGAAGAUGCUGGCUCGGAAGAGUAUUAUUCCUGAAGAGUAUGUGUUGGCACGGAUCGCUGCGGAGAACCUGCGCAAGCCGCGGAUCCGGGACCGGCCACGCAAAGCCCGCUUCAUCGCCAAGAACGGGGCAUGCAACCUGGCGCACAAGAACAUCCGCGAGCAGGGACGGUUCUUGCAAGACAUUUUCACCACCUUGGUGGACCUGAAGUGGCGGCACACGCUGGUCAUCUUUACUAUGUCCUUCUUGUGCAGCUGGUUGCUCUUUGCCAUGAUGUGGUGGCUGGUGGCUUUUGCCCACGGGGACAUGGAUGCAAGCAUUGAGUGCACUACGAACAGCACCAAGUGGACACCGUGUGUGACAUGUGUCAGGUCUUUCACUUCUGCUUUCCUCUUCUCCAUUGAAGUUCAAGUGACCAUUGGUUUUGGGGGCAGGAUGAUGACAGAAGAAUGUCCCUUGGCCAUCACAGUCUUGAUUCUGCAGAAUAUUGUGGGUCUGAUCAUCAAUGCCGUCAUGCUGGGCUGCAUAUUCAUGAAAACUGCGCAAGCUCACAGGCGGGCAGAGACCUUGAUCUUCAGCCGGCAGGCAGUCAUUGCAGUUCGAAACGGCAAGCUUUGCUUCAUGUUUCGAGUGGGAGAUCUGAGGAAGAGCAUGAUCAUUAGUGCCUCUGUGAGAAUCCAGGUUGUAAGGAAGACUACUACCCCUGAAGGAGAAGUCAUACCCAUUCACCAAGUAGAUAUCCCUGUGGAUAACCCCAUUGAAAGCAACAAUAUUUUCCUUGUGGCUCCCUUAAUCAUUUGUCAUGUCAUAGACAAGCGGAGUCCUCUUUAUGAUAUCUCUGCUGCUGACCUGGCUCUCCAAGAUCUGGAGCUCAUAGUGGUACUUGAAGGAGUUGUAGAAACUACUGGCAUCACGACACAGGCAAGAACCUCCUACAUAGCAGAGGAGAUCCUAUGGGGUCACCGCUUUGUGCCCAUUGUCACCGAAGAGGAAGGCGUGUAUGCAGUUGACUACUCCAAAUUUGGCAACACCGUCAAAGUCGCAGCACCACGUUGCAGUGCUCGAGAGCUCGAUGAGAAGCCGUCAAUUCUCAUCCAGACCCUCCAGAAGAGCGAGCUGUCCCACCAAAACUCCCUGCGGAAACGCAACUCCAUGAGAAGAAACAACUCCAUACGGAGGAACAACUCCAUGAGGAGAACCAAUCCCUCCCUCAUGGUGCCCAAAGUACAGUUUAUAACACCUGAGGGGAGCCAGAGUGCCUCCGAAACGUGAUAUUGAGCUUUAUGCAAGGUUUGAGGGCUUCAAAAGGAGGAAGCACCCAUAGUGUUUUGUUUAAAUUUUCUUUUACUUAAGAAAAUGGGAACAUGAUGCAGAACAGAACUCUACAAGAGCUAUUUAUUCUACUACUUACUGAAAGCACCACCUAAUGGCAUUAAGAUACACUUUAGCACUUAGUGUAUGAAUUAAUAAAAAAUGGCACAUACACUAAAGUAAACACCAUUCACUCAUGUAAUAUAGCAUGUAUUUAUAGAUGUUUUAGUGGCAGGCUAAUUUUAAAGAUCAUAUUUUUCUUAUCAGGGGACUCUUUCCUAUCUUUUUUUUGCUGGCUGUCACAAAAUGUGUUUUUUCUAUGUAAAUGGGUGACCCAUCUCCAGGCAGAAGUGAGAGCAUUUUCAAAACUGCUGAGUUUCAAUAACUCCCCCAGACUCUGUAGGGAUUCUUUGGAUAUCUAUCUUUUGGGGCUGAAUUCCUUCUUCCCUUGAAAUGAGUAGCUGAAUUCCUCAGUGAUUUCACUGGAAGAGAGCCAGGAUUUUACCUUCAGCUUUGCACAUCUUUUGUUUCUGUUGGUUUAUGGCAAAGUCAUUGUGGGAGAAUUUCCAGUCAAUCGGCUGAACGGAACUGACCCUGUUUGGGAGCGCUGAGCUCCGCUACGGUGCUUGUGGACUGCACCCGGAGGGCAAGAUGCACUGCUGGAGCACAAGGUGCGGGUGCGCUCGCAAUGCCGCUACGACUCAAAAGACGAGAUGCUCAAGCCUGCCUUGCUGCCAAAUGGGUAUCCAUUUCACUAAAUUAAAGAAGUUGAAUAUAUACACCAUUUUAAUGUUUUCUUCAUAGCAGUGGAAGACCAGAUGCUGUUUUUCUUUCUCUUACAGGUUAACACACUGGAGGCAAUGGCUAUGUUCCCUUCACUUACAUUACUUUUUGUAGGAUUAAGGUUGUUUACUUUAGUAGAAGGUUACUCUUUCACCAGUGGGAACUCAUCAAUGGGUGUGAGAGAUAAUCAUGCCAAUAAUUUUAAAGAUAAUAUUUUCAAAAUUGUCUGAAUAUUUUCAGGGGUACAUGGAUGCUGCUGCCAAAUUACUAUUUUUCAGUGCUGUCUCACUUGUGUUUUUGUGUAAUAGGACAUUGAUAAUUGACAAAAAUAGCUUUUCUCUUCAGAUUAAAAUGGACAUUUAUCUAGAGUCGCCACAAAAAUGUUACCAGAAGUCUUUCUACAAUUUUAAAUGCCUGACAGAUAAUUGUAUCACACAAUGCUAAAUUGAGGCCCACUUUUUCCCAGGGACACACUUUUUUCCCCUCUGAAUAGGAAGUGUAGUUAUGGAGAAACUACUGCUCAUGUUUCUUACAGGAGUUGCCUUACUAUGUCUCUGGUUCAAGAGUAUUCUUAUUACCGUGCUGCUGGCUUCUCAGAGCCAUCCAGCCAUCUAAAUACUUCUGUAAUUUUAAAUAUCUGCUUAUUCCUAUCAGAUAAAAGAAUCAAAAGCAAUGCUGGAGUCUGUGUCUCAGUAGAAGUCUGCUUAUUGGCACUUCUAUGGACCAACUACAGCCUUCAUGCACUGGGGGGCUGUGACAUUAAGAGGCAUUGCUGCAUCAUACAGACUCUCCGUAUGGAGCAGGUGCCCUCCAGAACACCACAGCUGACUAAAUAUUUCAUCUGAAGAAGUAAUAGAGAUUUCAGCUGUGGCUAAAAGUGUUCAUUCCCUUGUCAGUCUGUUAGCUUUCUUGGAGGAUGGCUGGUGAAUGUCUGCAGAUGUUGUCUAUUGUGUUUCCAAAUAAUUAACAUUUGUAGCUUCCAAGAAGAAUCAAAUUGGAGUGUAUGCCUCCAUUUCCAAGCCUAUGACUUUCUUUGAGGGGGUUUGUUUGCUCAUGUGUAUGAAGGAGUUGAGAUAUGGUUAAGUCAGAUGCUGUACAAAAACAAAUCUUCUAAAAAAAAAAUAAAAGUGCCAACAAUGA